AUGGGCACCAAGCAGACCAAGGGCUGCCAGCCGGGCAGCGCCGGGGAGAGCCCCCCGACCCACCAGCGCAAGAAAGCAUCCCCCAGGGACCGGGGGGACUUCCUCGCCUCCCUCGUGGUGAAGUCCGGAGAGAAGUUUGGCAAGGGUGCCGGCAGCCUGCCCCCCUACCACCGGCGGAUUUGCAUGAUCCAGGACAUGCUGGUGCUGGUGAAGCAGGGGAAGCAGGAGGAGGCCACCGAGCUGCUGAGACACCUGCGGCAGGACUUAGGAAUGGAGUCGACCUCUCUGGAUGAUGUCCUCUAUCGAUACGCCAGCUUUCGAAACCUGGUGGAUCCGAUCACUCACGACUUGAUCAUCAGUCUUGCUAGGUACAUCCACUGCCCCAAGCCGGAGGGGGACUCCCUUGGGGCCAUGGAGAAGCUCUGCCGGCAGCUCACCUACCACCUCAGCCCCCACUCGCAGUGGAGACGCCAAGGCAUCAUGAAGAGGAAGCCGCAGUCCUGCCUGAAGGCCGUGCUGAUGGGCAAGCCGCAGGACAACACGGUGGACUUGUCGGGCAUCCCGCUGACGCUGAAGGACCUGGAGCGCAUCGCGUCCUACCUGCAGCACAGCUCGGAGCACAUCGACACGGUGGAGCUGUGCUUCACCGAGCUGACGGACGAGAUGCUGCUGCAGCUGCUGCCGGCGCUCUGCGUGCUGCCCCACCUCACCACCCUCUCCCUCAACGGCAACCGGCUGACCAAAGCCAUCCUGCGGGACCUCACCGAAACCCUGAAGGACCCCAAAAAGUUCCCCAGCGUCACCUGGAUCGACCUCGGCAACAAUGUGGACAUCUUCUCAUUGCCCCAGCCCUUCUUGGUCAGCCUCAAGAGACGAUGCCCCAAGCAAGGCAACUUACCGACCAUCCUGGAGUUCGGCGAGGGGCAGGUGAGCGAUUUGGAGAGCCAGGAUGGCCGGGCCGAGAGCCAGGAGGACCUGCAAGCCGACGAGGGUGAUAAAACCGGAGCGGGCAUGACUGACAGCACAGGCUCUCAGCCGACGGACAGGACGGUGGAGGCUGGGACGCUGCCCGGCUCGGAGCAAGGCGCUGCCACGCCACAGACGUGAUGCUCGGCUCCGCAGUGGGCGCGUUGGGCAGGGGUGGCAAACCCGAGACCUCCACAACGGGGGUCCUGGCAGAGGGUGGGCGCAGGCAGCGGGGAUGCUCUGGGAGUGCAGAGCAUCGCCUGCCUCCCCUGCGAUGAACGUCGACGUCGUUCUUCUUGACGAACAUACAGACGGGAUGGCGGUGAAUAUUUACGUUGUAGGAAAGCUGGCCGGGUAUUUUUAAACAUUAGUGCUAUGCUUUUUAACUCCUUAAAAACGCAUCAUCAAGGUGGUGUAAGACAAGGCCCUUAGAAGAGCACAGAACCGGAGAAGGAAGGUGACCAGGUCUUACAGGAUCCCGGCUGGUCAGACAGAUGCCACAGCAGGACUUCAGACCUCUCCCACUCUGACUUCAGGAGCUGCUGCUGAAUAGCGUGCCUGGUGAGACGAGCCCAAAGCCUGAUCGCACGCUAAGCGGGGAUGUUCCUGCUACCGGCAUGCCAGCCCCACGGGAGGGCUUUGCCUUCCUGGUGCUGGCGCGGAGCUAGAUCCCGUGCCUGGAUGCUGCCCUCUCCAGCCUUACCAGAACUGGGCUGGCCCCGCUGCCCGCCCGGGGUUUAUUUGGCUGUAAAAUCCCCUUUCCCACCGGCCUUGCUGCUGUGAUGACUCCAGGGCUUCCCAUGAGGUACCUGGAGCUGGCACUAGGGCACUUGGUCUGUCCCAGGGAGUGAGCUGUGAAGUCCAGAGCUGGGGCUCAGCUCAGGCUCAUUGCUGUUACUGCCAGAAGAGGCCACAGUCCCAGAGGUUUUUAAAAGAAAAAAAGAAACCCAACCCCUGGGGUUUUCUCCCCUAUGUCACUGCCAUUCAGGACUGGGUGGAUGCAGCCAGCCGAAGCCUCAAAGCCUCAGAAAGGUUUUUGCGUCACUUGGCUGUGUUCACCCCCACCCGGACCAGAAGUGCUUUGUUUGUAAAAUGUUUUGUUUUGCUCUGUUUUUUGUUUUUAAGAGACAUUGAUUUUAUUUUAUUUUUGGAUGGAAAACAGAUCACAACAGAGCAUCAGCGUGGGAAUGCACUUUGGCUUCUGAACCAGAUUUUCAUUUGAUCCUAAACCUGGGGGAGGACAGGAAAGUGGGAAAUACUUCCCCUCCCAUUCAAAGGACCAAACAGGACUCCCCUUGCUGAGAGGGAGCCCCUCUGUAUCUGUUCAUAGCCCUUCCCCUGACCAGCCUUGCAGCACCAUUCUCUGCCUUGGAGCAGUGACCCUCUGGCAUUGAUUUUUCUGGGUGUAAACAGACUUUUUGAUCGUUCCUUGGGUUCUCUUUGUUUAACAUCACUGCACAGGAAGCUGCACACCAUUUUCAGGGGGGUUCAUGCUGUUGGUUGUUGUUUCUCCUCCAUAUGCAAGUAGGUAACUUAGAAGAAACUCUGCUACUCGUUUUACUACAUUUGGCAAAGUUCAGUAUGAUUUGCAUGUAUCCAAGCCUGUUUUUUUAGUGCUCUUUCCAACAGGCAUGAAGAAUCUUUGCAGUGAAUAAACUGUUCUGUUUGAAAUAAAGGAGCUAUCCGUAAUCAAAAUAAAUGACAAUGUUUAAUAAAGAGGUA